CAGCUACCAAAGCCGUCGUCUUUCCCGCAAAACUCAUCACAACAAAACCCUCGUCUUUCUCCCCCAUGGCGUCCCUCCCCAACGGCGGCGCCGCCGCCGGCGGCGGCGGCAGGGGUGCGGCAGAGGUGGUGGACAAGGAGGUGGACUACGCCAACUACUUCUGCACCUACUCCUACCUCUACCACCAGAAGGAGAUGCUCUGCGACCACGUCCGGAUGGACGCCUACCACUCCGCCGUCUUCCGCAACGCGCACCACUUCCGCGGCAAGGUGGUCCUUGACGUGGGCACCGGGAGCGGCAUCCUCGCCAUCUGGAGCGCCCAGGCCGGUGCGAGGAAGGUGUACGCCGUCGAGGCUACCAAUAUGGCGGAGCACGCCCGGGAGCUCGCGCGCGCCAACGGGGUCGCCGACAUCGUCGAGGUGAUACAGGGGUCCAUGGAGGACGUUGUGCUGCCGGAGAAAGUUGAUGUCAUCAUAUCAGAGUGGAUGGGGUACUUUCUAUUGAGAGAAUCGAUGUUUGAUUCUGUUAUUUGUGCGCGGGAUCGUUGGUUGAAGCCAGAUGGUGUAAUGUAUCCCAGUCAUGCUCGGAUGUGGCUAGCACCAAUAAGAAGUGUUCUGGGUGAAAAAAAGAUGGAAGAUCUUGAUAUUGCUAUGCAUGAAUGGAAUCUGUUUGUUGAGGAUACUGAGUCUUUUUAUGGGGUCAACAUGAAUGUUUUGACAAAGGCAUACCAUGCAGAGCAUGAAAAAUAUUAUCUCAAGUCUUCCAUAUGGAACAAUAUUCUUCCAAACCAAGUUAUAGGGCAAGCUGCUGUUAUUAAGGAAAUUGAUUGCUUGACAGCAACAGUUGAUGAGAUCCGAGAAGUUCGAGCACAGGUUACAAUGCCAAUCAAAAUGGAUAUGGCAAGAUUAGCAGCUCUUGCUGGAUGGUUUGAUGUUCAUUUUCGAGGUAGCAAGCAAAACCCAGCAACUCAAGAAGUCGAGUUAAGCACAGCUCCAGAUGAGAAUGGUGGCACUCACUGGGGCCAGCAGGUAUUCUUGCUUACUCCACCUUUGAGAGUUAGUGAAGGGGACAGUGUUAAAGUUUCUUUCACAAUGGUUCGCUCUAAAGAGAAUCACCGGCUCAUGGAUAUGGAGUUCACCUAUGAAUUGCACGAGUCAUCUGGCAAGCAGCUUCCAGCAAUCACAACCAAGAUUUUCUUAGAGUAGAACAAGAACGCUGAUUAGAUCUGAUUCAAUUGAUGGAAAGAUUGUGUACUGGCUACCAUAUCUGAGCCUUACUUGAUGGCUGCAGCCAAGCUUAAGUCGUCCCAGGUGUAUUUGGUUUUUACUAGAGGGCCUAAUGGCCAGAGUGUAAUACUAUCCAGAAUAUGUACACCGAGGUUAUUGUUGUGUGAGGCAUGAUAAAAGUGCCAGAGAUUUUGUUGUACCAUUGAUUAAUUAAUCGGCUUCAUGAUUGCUAUCA